GCUGCUGCCGCCCCGGCCCGCCCGCAAGACGCCGGGGCCGGGGGCCAGCGCGCCGCUGCACUCUCGCAGGGGAUUGUCGGCGGCCCCAGCCGAGCCCCGCGGGAGCCGUGCCUCCCCGGCUCCCGGGCCGCGGCGGCGGCGAGCGGGCAGGCGUGCGGACGGGCGCACAGCCCGGACGGCGGGGCCGGCAGUGCGCCCCGCGCCCCAUGGAUAUAGCAACAGGUCCAGAGUCGCUGGAGAGGUGCUUCCCCCGCGGACAGACCGACUGCGCCAAGAUGUUGGACGGCAUCAAGAUGGAGGAGCACGCCCUGCGCCCCGGGCCCGCCACUCUUGGGGUGCUUCUGGGCUCCGACUGCCCGCAUCCCGCCGUCUGCGAGGGCUGCCAGCGGCCCAUCUCCGACCGCUUCCUGAUGCGAGUCAACGAGUCGUCCUGGCACGAGGAGUGUUUGCAGUGCGCGGCGUGUCAGCAAGCCCUCACCACCAGCUGCUACUUCCGGGAUCGGAAACUCUACUGCAAACAAGACUACCAACAGCUCUUUGCAGCCAAAUGCAGCGGCUGCAUGGAGAAGAUUGCACCCACUGAGUUUGUGAUGCGGGCACUGGAAUGUGUGUACCACCUGGGCUGCUUCUGCUGCUGCGUGUGUGAGCGGCAGCUACGCAAGGGCGACGAGUUUGUGCUCAAGGAGGGCCAGCUGCUGUGCAAAGGUGACUACGAGAAGGAGAAGGACCUCCUCAGCUCCGUGAGCCCCGAUGAGUCCGACUCUGUGAAGAGUGAGGACGAGGACGGGGACAUGAAGCCAGCCAAGGGGCAGGGCAGCCAGAGCAAGGGCAGCGGUGACGACGGGAAGGACCCACGGAGGCCCAAGCGGCCCCGGACCAUCCUCACCACGCAGCAGCGAAGAGCCUUCAAGGCCUCCUUUGAGGUCUCCUCCAAGCCCUGCCGGAAGGUCCGGGAGACGCUGGCGGCAGAGACGGGCCUCAGUGUGCGUGUGGUCCAGGUCUGGUUUCAGAACCAAAGAGCAAAGAUGAAGAAGUUGGCGCGGAGGCAUCAGCAGCAGCAGGAGCAGCAGAACUCCCAGCGGCUGGGCCAAGAGGUCCUGUCGAGCCGCAUGGAGGGCAUGAUGGCCUCCUACACGCCGCUGGCCCCGCCGCAGCAGCAAAUCGUGGCCAUGGAGCAGAGCCCCUACGGCAGCAGCGACCCCUUCCAGCAGGGCCUCACGCCGCCCCAAAUGCCAGGUGACCACAUGAACCCCUAUGGGAACGACUCCAUCUUCCACGACAUUGACAGCGAUACCUCCUUAACCAGCCUCAGCGACUGCUUCCUGGGCUCCUCGGACGUGGGCUCCCUGCAGGCCCGCGUGGGGAACCCCAUCGACCGGCUCUACUCCAUGCAGAGUUCCUACUUCGCCUCCUGAGAGCCAGCCAGGCCGCUUGGACGCUUGGGCAAGGGUCCAGGGGUGGGCGGCAGGCCCCAGCAGCCAGCCUUGCCCUCCCGGCCCUGCUGCCCGCACAGACUCGAAAGACAGCCAUACGGUGCCCUCUCCUCGGCCAGCCGGGCCUGGCUGAAGUGCCCCUUGGGCACGGCCGGGUGGGCAGACACGUGCAGCCUGAGCAGGGGCUGUGUCCUGCCCACAGAGACCUUGUCACCCCCAGGGACCCAGAGCUCUCGACAGCCACUUGCCUCCCAACCCCACCUUGGCCUCCAUCGCCUCCUUCCCUCUCCCUGUCUCUUUUUUGGGAAGCUUAAAUUCUCUCUAUUUUUUUAAAUGUCCUCUCUGUGU